AUGUCUGGCAAACAAAUUUCUGUGGUUACUGUUUGCCCACAAAGUGUCUGCUCAAUUGCCGUGAAGAGGAAAAUCUCUGUUUCUCAAGCGGCUCGAAUGAUAGCGUCAUACUUCUUCUCUAAAGGAGCACAUUACGUAGUGGAUUCUACCUUCGGACGAUCUUUUUGCUUAGAAGAAGCUUAUCAUGAGUUUGAAUCAAGGUCUUCACGACCGCUGUUAGUCUCCUCGUGCCCAGGAUUGGUUUGUUAUGCAGAGAAGAGUCACGACGCUUUCCUUCUGCCUUUCCUCAGCAAAGUCAGGUCUCCACAAGCUGUGACUGGUGCCCUGGUGAAGGAUUACCUUUCUCGUCGAUUCGAAGUACCCGUCGAUUCCAUCUACCACGCUGCUGUGAUGCCAUGCUUUGAUAAAAAACUGGAAGCUUCUCGGCCAGAUUUUUAUGUACCUGGCACGGACAGUGUGCGUGAAACGGACUGUGUCAUCAGUACAGUUGAAGUUGAUAGUUUGCUUGAUGACGUCGACAACAUAACCGAAUCGGAAGUAGAAGGCUGGUUGGGCGACUUCUCCCGAGGAGUCCUCUACGGGAACCCCGGUGGAACAUCAGGUGGCUUCGCAGAAAUGCUCGUCAGAAGAUUUGUUUCACAUCAUGGUGGAGAAGUAAAAGAAGAGAGGCUUGCGAAAAAUCUCGAGGUCCUAACAGUACGUCAAAAUGAGGAAGCGGUUUUGCGAGUAGCUAGGGUCUACGGCUUCAGGAAUAUACAAAAUCUAGUUCGAAAAAUGAAAAACAACAAGAGUCUCUAUGACUAUGUCGAUGUUCAGGCAUGCCCUAAUGGUUGUGGUAACGGUGGUGCACAAAUUCGCGCCGACACAGCGGAAGAAAGAGAACGGAUACUGAGUAAUGUAGAGGAAGCAUAUGCAGCAAUGCAAGGAGAUGCCACUCAAAAAAUGCGCGAAGUUGCUAAUGAAUGGAGUGCACUGAAUCCGAAAUGGAAGACGUUGUUAUACACAGACUAUCAUGGCGUUACCGGAAACAUUGCCCAGAAAUUACAGUGGUAG